UCUGCUUCUGAAAACUGAGGACCAACACACGCUCUCCAAGGUCAACAUUAGCCCUUUGGGAUGGAGGGCACAGGCAGCGGCUGGGCAGCUGAGCUCACCCCCCCAUGCGUGGUGCAUGAGGUGAAUGGCAAUGACACCAGUCAGGUCUUUGAGGUGGCGCUGCAGAACGGCUCCUCCAAGCGCAGCCCCCAGUUUGUGGGUGUAGAGCUGCUACAGUCCUUCAAGCUGCUCAUCAUUCCCUGCUACACCCUGGUGGUUCUGGUGGGCGUCUUCGGCAACUACCUGCUCCUCUAUGUCAUAUGCCGCACCCGUAAGAUGCACAAUGUCACCAACUUUUUUAUUGGGAACCUGGCCUUCUCUGACAUGCUGAUGUGCGCCACAUGUGUCCCCUUCACACUGGCGUACGCCUUCAACCCAAACGGCUGGGUGUUUGGCCGCUACAUGUGCUACCUGGUGUACCUCAUCCAGCCUGUGACGGUCUACGUGUCGGUCUUCACUCUCACUGCUAUUGGUGUGGACAGAUACUAUGCCACAGUUCAUCCUUUGAAAAAGCGCAUCUCAGUCUUGGCGUGCACCUACCUUCUGUCUGGGAUCUGGCUGCUGUCCUGCGGCCUGGUGGCUCCAGCUGUGGCUCACACGUACCAUGUGGAGUUCAAGAAUGAGGGCUUCACCAUCUGCGAGGAGUUCUGGAUAGGCCAGGAGAGGGAGCGGCUGGCCUACGCGUACAGCACUCUCUUCAUCACAUACGUCCUGCCUCUCUCGGCGCUCUGCAUCUCGUACCUGUGCAUCUCUGUCACACUGCGGAACUGUGUCGUCCCCGGCCACCACACCCAGAGCCAGGCAGAGGCUCAGCGCAUGCGCAAACGCAAGACCUUCCGGCUGGUGAGCCUGGUGGUGGCAGCAUUUGGCGUCUGCUGGAUGCCAAUCAGUGUGUUCAAUGUGCUGCGUGACAUUGACAUUGACCUGAUUGAUAAGCGGUACUUUCUGCUCAUUCAGCUGCUCUGUCACCUGUGUGCAAUGAGCUCCUCGUGCUGUAAUCCUUUCCUCUACGCCUGGCUACACGGCCGCUUCCGCGCUGAGCUCCGCAAAAUGUUUAAAUGUCGCCGUCGCAUUGGAAUCUCGGGCAAUAACGGUGUCACCGCCAGCGUGGUUUUGUGAAGCUCCUGUGUUUUUGGGCUCCUGUUGGUUAAUCCUUGCUUCUUUGGAUAGAAAUAGGCAGCCACAUUAUGAGUACCAUAAUUCAUCAGCCCAGUGUUAAAACUGCUGUUUACCAAUACGCUAAGAGUACCCCACCAAUUUAGCACUGCCAUCUUAUAACAUUGUCGGACUCACAAUGGACCGUUUGAAAAAAGGAUCAUGAUCAAUGUAGCAGAACCAGAUAUCUUCUUUUUUACUCACAUUCUUCUUGUGAAAACCUGGCACCUACAUUACCCACAAUGCAGCUCAACCACAGUUAGGUUGGAGUUUCGGAUGUGUAACUUGUUACGACUAAUGUUGCCUUCAACCGCCAGCCUCAAACUGAGAUUAAGAGCAGGCUACAGAGGUCUGGUCAACUAACUUCUUUCGAUACACUCUUACAUUUAUUCAAUUUUCAAACCUGUAGUCUUCAGCACCAACCGACGUUGACUCAAGCGACAAGACCGGUAAAGUUUCCCUUUAAGCCUGAACCAUCGACUGCCAUGUGUGUUUGUACUGAAUUAUUAGUUCAAUUUAUCCAUUUUCGAAAUGUCUUUUUUCGCAUGAUAAGAACUUUCUUUUUGCCAGAUUUAAAAAUGUUUUUAAUUAACUUCACGAAGCCGGUAAAAUUCCUAUAUUGUUAUUGUCAAGAGAUAUCAUUAAAAGACCUGAACCAACAGAUUAUUUAUCUGUCUUGU